ACGCCGGCAUCCGGUUGCGGAGAUGCUGCGCCCUCCUCGGCAUCUUCUGCCUCUUCAGUUGCCCCUGCCACCACCGCCGGCGAUGCCGAUUCCACCACCACCUCGGUACUAUCCCGUGCCGUGCUGCUUCUGGGCAACCUUGUAAAACCGGCUGGUUCCGCUGCCGGUUACCUUGUGAGUUCCCUCAGUGCAACACCUCUGUGGCACAGGAUUUCCAGUGGCUUCCACGGCGUCGCGAGCAGUGGCGAGGAUGAUGUCAAUCGGUUUGCUGGUGCCUUUUCCUGCCGCGUCUGCGGCAUUUUCUCCGAACUUGAGAAUUCCUAACCCGUUGAAUCUGAGGGUUUCUCCGAGGCUGUCGAAUUGUGUGAAGCCCUCCUUCGAAUACGCACCGAGGGUGGGCGUCUUAUGGCCUCAGAACGCAGCACCUGUGUAUCCACCCUCUUUGACGCACUGCUCAUCUGUUGGCUGUCUCGUACCAGCACCUUGCCUGCUAGCAGCAGCGCUCUGCCAGUCGGUUCCCUGCCAAUCCGCACGCCCGCCUCAGUCAUUUGCAGGCCGCUUUUGUGUGCGCUCUUCUUUCAACUGCCAGAUGCCUUCAAGAGCUCCACGAAUGCUCCCGGUGCUGCGGUGACCAAUACGGUGCCUACACCGUCCGCGAUUAGUACCUCUGAUACUCCCCGUCCUGUAGCUACCGUUGUCGACCUCAUUGAUGCGUGCAUUUGGUGCGCUCUGCAAAGCAACACUGGUGAAUCCAGCGACGCGAAGGACACCAGUCAUCGAAUACGCCUCCUGUCUGCGCUCUUCGUGUUGCCCGCGCCUGGCGGACUCAAAACUAACACCGAGAAACCACGACAACGGCUAUUUGUUCGCUUGCAUGACUGUGUGGCCUGGUUGGUUCCGGCUUGCCUGGUUUGCAGAAAGCUGCUCCCUCUUUGUCUCUAUGCGCUUGCUCGAGACGCCAGAAUUUCGGAUGCAUUAGCCAGCCAAGGUGCCGCCGACCGUCUGCGGUUGGAUUCACCAGCUAUUCUGGUGGCCGAUAUUCUACACUGGCUUUCGUCCUCAAGACUUAGGUCCUCCGACUUUGACUCAGUUAGCGGCGCGGAGUCUUCCCAGCUGACUGCCUUGCUCCUGUUGAUCCACCUAGUCAUCCAACAGAUCAGCCGCAUCAAAGCCGCCUCUUCUGGCCGUGUUGAUGCGCCCCGAAAUCUGGUAAUGAGGUUGAUCGAGUGGCUGAACGGCCUUACCAAGAGCUGGUGCCAAGAGUCACCACCGGCUACCGCCGCCCCGUCCACUAGCAAGGAGGCAGAAUUUGUGGAUAGGUAUGUCUUCAAGUUCUGCUUCUGGCGGCUUAUGUGUUCUCUUGAGUCUGGUUGCGUCACUUAA